UACAGGCGCUGGCAAUCUCCCCUAUAAUCUCUGUUUUUGGCGCUAAAACCUUUGUUAAAACUGUCAACUCAUAACCAAGAAUUCUUUUACCAUUCAUGUGCCUUUGUUUUUUUUCUAUUGAGCGGAAAAAUAGAAAGAUAAGUACCUAUGAAUUUCGGACUUCAUGAAGAUCUGAUCGGAUGAAAAUGAGGUUGAAACAAUACUUUAGAUUGAAUGUUAUAUAACUACAAGUGAUUUUUAAUAUUACUAUAACAAUGGCAUUGAGGAACACCGGUAAAUAUCGCCCUGAGAAGGCGAAUAAUUGGAAAAACAAACUCGAUACAGAUUCUACUGUGCCAAGAGAGAACACAGCUGAAGGAAGAUUGAUGCAAGCGAAUGAAAACGUCAGAGUUGACCAUUUAUAUGGGUUUGAUAGAGUAUCAGACAACAAGGAAAGGAUUGGAUAUCUGAUCAACAUGCACGCAACUGAAAUUGUUGAAGAGGAUAAACGUCUUAUCAGCGGAGUGGACUAUUAUUUCCUCGAAGAAGACUGCACUCGCUUCAAGGUAUCCCUCCCCUACCACCCAUACUUCUACAUAAAAUGUCGAAAAGGCACUGAGCAAGAAGUUUCGACCUUCCUACUCAAAAAGUACAACGGCGUCGUCUCAAAAGUUGAAAUAAUAAAGAAAGAAGAUCUGGAUCUGCCUAACCAUCUUUCAGGUCUGCUGCAAAAAUACCUCAAACUCUCCUUCGCCAAUCUUAUCGACAUGCAAAAAGUCCGGCAAGACAUUAAACGUGCAGUAAAAACAAAUACGGAGCGUGAUAAAGGUCAUAGUUACUACUCCGACCUCUGGACAUCUGCCGAGCAUCAAGAAACCGACACCUUUACCAAAAAGAACAUAAUCGACCAUAUGGAUAACAUAAUCGACAUUCGAGAAUUCGAUGUGCCCCACCACGUUCGUGUCAGUAUAGACCUCCAGAUCUUCGUGGGUUGCUGGUACUCCGUGAAGUCCAAAGGCACAGAUCCCCCCAAAAUAACACCAAGGCCAGAUAUUCUCGAGACAAUAGAUCCCAUCGUCAUCGCAUAUGAUAUAGAAACCACAAAACUCCCCUUGAAAUUUCCGGAUGCCACGACAGAUCAAAUCAUGAUGAUCUCCUACAUGGUGGACGCUCAAGGCUACCUUAUAAUCAAUCGAGAGAUCAUCUCCGAGGACAUCGAGGACUUUGAGUAUUCCCCAAAACCCGAAUUCGAGGGCAUCUUCAAGGUUUUCAACGAGGCCAACGAGAAAGCUACUAUUCGAAAAUUCUUCGACCACAUUCUGGAACUUCGGCCCCACAUAUUCGUCUCUUACAAUGGGGACUUUUUCGACUGGCCAUUCGUCGAAACCAGAGCAUCAUUCUACGGAAUGAAUAUGAAGGAAUUAAUUGCCUUCUCCAGGAACCGAGAUGACGUUUAUGCAAGUCGCCCUGCAAUCCAUAUGGACUGUCUUUCGUGGGUCAGACGAGACUCCUAUCUCCCGGUGGGCUCUCAAGGCCUCAAGGCAGUGACAAAGGCCAAACUACGAUAUGAUCCUGUCGAGAUUGAACCUGAAGAGAUGUGUAGAUUGGCUGCUGAAGAGCCAAAAACUCUUGCAAACUACUCAGUCUCCGAUGCAGUAGCAACAUACUACCUCUAUCAGAAAUAUGUUCAUCCCUUUAUAUUUGCCCUCUGCACAAUCAUCCCUAUGGAGCCUGAUGAGGUCCUUCGUAAAGGUUCUGGAACACUUUGCGAAUCUUUACUAAUGGUUGAAGCUUUCAAAGCAAACAUUAUUUUUCCAAAUAAACAAGAGACUCAAUUCAACAAACUAACAUCUAAUGGCCACGUUCUGGACACUGAAACGUACGUUGGAGGCCACGUGGAAGCUUUAGAAUCUGGGGUAUUCAGGGCAGACAUUCCUUGUCGUUUUAAGAUCAUUCCAAGUGCAGUGGAUAGUCUCCUGAAUGCUGUAGAAAAGUCUCUGAAAUAUGCUAUUCAAGAAGAAGAGAAGGUGUCCUUAGAGCUGGUGACGAACUUUGACCAAGUUGUUAAUGAAAUCAAAGCAAAGCUCCAGACAUUAAAAGAGCAGCCAUUAAGACUCGAGAAGCCAGUGAUCUAUCACUUGGAUGUAGGUGCUAUGUACCCCAAUAUUAUCCUGACGAAUCGAUUACAGCCAUCAGCAAUGGUAAACGAGACAAGUUGUGCUGCCUGUGACUUCAACAAACCAGGUGCUGCCUGCAAACGAGAUAUGCAGUGGAUGUGGAGGGGGGAAGUUCUAUCAGCUUCCUUGGGGGAGUACCAGAGGAUACAGCAGCAGUUGGAGACUGAAAAGUUCCCUCCACUCUUCCCUGGAGGGCCCCGUCGGGCCUUUCAUCAGUUAUCGGAGAAGGAUCGCGCAGCUUAUGAGAAGAAACGACUUACUGAGUACUCCAAGAAAGCUUACAAGAAAGCCAAGAUUAUGAAGACUGAGGAGAGAACUCAGACAAUCUGUCAGAAGGAGAAUUCAUUUUAUGUGGAUACUGUUAGGGCUUUUAGAGACCGAAGGUACGAGUACAAAGCUCUGACCAAGGUUGCGAAGACACAGGUUGCAGAAGCUGUUGCUAAAAAUGAUGCAGGGGAGAUCAAAUCAGCGAAGAAUCGAGAGAUCCUUUAUGACUCACUUCAACUUGCUCAUAAGUGCAUUCUCAAUUCUUUUUAUGGGUAUGUUAUGAGGAGGGGAUCGAGAUGGUUCAGUAUGGAAAUGGGAGGGAUUGUUUGUUAUACUGGCGCUCACAUAAUCAUGAAAGCUAGGGAAAUCAUAGAACAAGUAGGGAGACCUUUGGAGCUCGAUACCGAUGGCAUCUGGUGCAUUCUUCCGGCGUCAUUCCCUGAUAAUUUCAUCAUUCACACGACUCAUUCAAAAAAGUCUAAGCUCACAAUUUCUUAUCCCAAUGCUGUGCUAAACUUUAUGGUGAAGAAUGAGUUUACGAACAAUCAGUAUCAUGAAUUGGUCGAUAAGGAGACUGGAAUGUACGAAAUAAAACAAGAGAACUCGAUAUUCUUUGAGGUUGAUGGACCUUAUCUAGCCAUGGUUCUUCCAGCUGCUAAAGAGGAGGGAAAAAAGCUGAAGAAACGAUAUGCUGUCUUCAAUUUCGAUGGAUCGUUAGCUGAAUUGAAAGGAUUCGAGGUGAAAAGGAGAGGUGAGUUGCAGUUGAUAAAGAAUUUCCAGUCAUCGGUUUUCGAAUGCUUUCUAAAGGGUGGAACCUUGGAGGAAUGCUAUCAAGCUGUCGCUGAGGUUGCAGAUUAUUGGCUAGAUGUUUUAUAUUCGAAAGGAGCUGAUAUACCAGAUACCGAGCUAUUUGAGUUGAUCUCUGAGAAUAAAUCAAUGUCGAAAAAAUUGGAGGACUAUGGCGCCCAAAAGUCAACAUCAAUUUCCACUGCUAAACGUCUUGCUGAAUUUCUGGGGGAUCAAAUGGUGAAGGAUGCUGGAUUGGCUUGCAAAUACAUAAUCUCGAAGAAGCCUCAUGGGGCUCCUGUGACUGAACGAGCCAUUCCUCUGGCUAUUUUUCAAUCAGAACCUAGUGUGACGAAGCAUUAUUUGAGGAAAUGGUUGAAAGAGCCUGGAUUGCAAGAUUUUGAUAUCAGGGAAAUUCUAGAUUGGGGCUAUUAUAUUGAACGUCUUGGAAGUACUAUUCAGAAGAUCAUUACUAUCCCGGCGGCUAUGCAGGGAAUUGCUAAUCCUGUUCCUCGUGUGAAACACCCUGAUUGGCUUCAUAAAAAAAUUCUUGAAAAAAAUGAUACCAAGAAGCAGAGAAAGAUCACUGAUCUUUUUGAAGCAAUUCCACGAUCGAAUCUCGAUGAUAUUGAGGACACAGCGAGUCCAUCAUCAAUUUUCAAGAAACCCCAACCGGUGGCUCACAAACGAAAACGAGGAUCGGAGACUGAUGAAGAAGACAUUAAUAAAAGCUGGAAAGAAGUGUUAGGAGCCCCACCACCUUUUGGUAAGACUAAAGAAGAGCGAGCGGCUUGGUUGGAGUUUCAUAAGAGAAAAUGGGAGUACCAGGCCAAGCAAAAGGGCUACCAGAAGAAGAAGCGAUUGCGAGCGACGAAUGAGCCCAUGGAAGUUCCUAGAGGGUUAAUCAGAAAUACAGAAACAUUAACUCUAUCAGGGUUUUUGAGGAAAGCCCAACGAAAACUCAUUGACACACCCUGGCAUAUCCUGCAGAUAGUCGAAACUAACGAGCCAGGACUUUUUCGACUUUGGACUUUAGUCUCUGGAGAGCUUCAUCAGAUUCGUUUGAUUGUUCCUAGGAUUUUCUAUGUCAACACCAGAAAGGUGAGGUCGGAGCCUGGGCCCAACGAUCUCUGGAAGAAGUGCAAUAAGAUUCUUCCCCGAUCACGACCAGUUCACAAUCUCUAUCAGUACACUGUCCCAGAGGAUCUCUAUAAGAAACACAGUCAAAACUUAAUGGAGAGUGUAACUAAUCCUGAGAAUGAGGGAAUCUACGAGACACAGACGCCAUUGAUCUUCAGGGCGAUUCUAAAUCUCGGAUGCAUCUGUUCGGUGGACCCAAGGUCAUCAAAAUCAGAGUCUGACACUUUCCAAUUGCAUCAGCUUCAGCUGGUGGCCAGUACAGACUCUUACUUAAGAGAGCAGAACCUCAAACAUAUAUACCUCUAUCACCACUGGUCUACCAACCGCCAGAGAGCAAUGUGGGGACUGUUCCUUGGGCCAAGUAAACGAGUCCACAUUUUCGUGUUAGACAGUGUAAGGACUAAUCAAAUGCCUUCUAUGAGUGCUCUGUACACUUCGGAGAGGAACAGUGCAAUGGAAGAUCCUGAGGCCAAUGGCUUCUUGUCAUCCAUCCCAGAGGAGAUGCAGUUCGAUGUGAGAAUGGAGACCAGUCAAUUUGCAAUCAACAAAUACUUGCAGGCAGCCUUGAAAAAUUAUAAAGAUGAGAAAAAAGGAGCGACAGUACUAGCUGUUCAAUCCCCCAUGGAAUUCUCUAAAUUAGUGUCAGAAAUGCCAGCUCUUGGAGAGCUUCCUGUUGUGAACACUCACGCUAACGACAUUGAUAAUCUGUUUGGAACCCUUGAGUGGCAAAAGGCAGGAGCAUUGAGCAUGGUAAGACAUUAUCUUAAAGUCGAGCACAUCCUCAGUCUCAUGACCGAUCAAGCUAGCUUCUUUAAAUCUCCAAUUGGCAAUAUCCCAGCUGACGCUACCCUUUUUGCUGCUGAUUUAUUCUAUGCCAGACAUCUUCAGAAGCAUAACUUUGUGCUUUGGUGUUCCCCAACGGAAAAACCAGACCUUGGAGGAAGCGAGAAUGAUGAUAAUAGAUUGUUGACGGAUUUUGAAGAGAGUACACGCUGUACAACUAAUAAAUCAGGGACUUAUUCAAGUGUCUUAAUUGAAUUGGGAAUCGAAAGUUUAGCGAUCAACACUCUUCUGCAGGCACCCAAAGUUCACGAUAUUGAUGGGACUACAUCAUUCGUGGGCUUUCACACAGCUCACAAAGCCAGUCUUCAAGAGAUGGCUACUGAUGACAAUACAAAGAUUGCAAUUCCUAGUUAUGACGAAGCAGUUCUGUGUUCAGCCAGUUUUAAAAUUUUAAGGAUGAUGGUCAAUGGGUGGCUGAGAGCGAUCUCCUUACAGAAGAAUGUCUUCGCUGAUUACCAGGUGAUUCAUUUCUACAGGUGGCUGAGGACACCAAAUGCUCUCAUGUAUGAUCCAGCACUCCGGAGAAUUCUUCACAACUAUAUGAAAAAGCUGUUUUUCCAGUUAAUCGCUGAAUUUAAGAAACUCCAGUCGAUAAUCGUCUUCGCCAACUUUAACAAAAUCAUUAUUUGCACUAAGAAAAGAACUGUGGCAGAUGCCAUGGGGUAUGUGGAGUACGUUGUAAAAGCUAUCAAAAACAAAGAAUUAUUCCAUAGCAUUGAUAUUACUUAUGAGCAAUGUUGGGAAUAUUCAAUCUGGCUGGAUGCAGCUAACUUCUGCGCCAUCAAGGGGAAACUACCUGAAGAGAAGUUGCAAGAGGAUGGCACGGAUCUUGAUGAUGAUGAGGAUGAUACGCCCGAGAUAAUCAUGAACUGGAGCUUGGCUGAGAUUCUUCCACAGGAAGGAGCCUGUGAAAGUAGCUUCAGGGCUAUUGUGGCAGGCUAUGUGACAGCUAUUUAUGAGUGUAUGAAUGAAAUGGAGUCUGGGGGAUGCACACCCAGACCUAGGAAGAGGAGGAAUAAUUCGUUGAGUCAGACAAUCAGUGCUCAGUUGGGAUUGGGCUCGCUGGAGAAUACAGCUGACUUCGCAAAAAAGUUAAUUGCAGGAGAAAUGAGCCAAAAGUUGUUUCAGAUUGUUCAGAAGAUGCAGAAGAAGAUUCCCGAGAAGAUGAUCACAAUGGAAAAACAUCCGAAUUUAGAUCUAGCGGGGCAUAAUUCUAUGAAGAUACAGCCAGCAUUAGAGUUCGUUAAGGCGAUAUGUAAGGUCUUAGGAUUGGAUAAGGAACUGGAGGCUGAGGUUUAUGAGUUGAAAACAAAUUUACUCAGGUUGAUUGGUGUGGGAGGGUUUAGUGAGAUUGCAGAAUGGAAGGAUCCCUGUAUUUCUUUUGUCGUGCCCGAGAUUAUCUGUAAAGCUUGCAAUCACACGAGGGAUGUAGAUCUCUGUAAAGAUUCGCAUCAUCGGUUUGAUAAGGAUGAUGUUUACGCCUGGUACUGUCCCAUAUGCAUGACGGAUUAUGAGAAUGAAGAAAUUGAAUUUUUGUUGAUUGAUACGUUAAAUAGGAAGACUAUGGCAUACGUCCUGCAGGAUUUAGCGUGUAAGAAGUGUCAGGAGAUCAAGAGAGAUAAUAUUAUGAGCCACUGUAGCUGUGCUGGGGAAUAUAAGACUACAGUGGGAAAAACCGAGAUGUUGAAUUGCGUGAAGAUCUUGAGAGCUAUAGGAAGAAAAUGCAGGAUGACAUUGCUGGAGGAUACUAUUCAAAACACAAGGCUUUGAAAGUCCUAGAGAAAGAGAUUUCUCUAUUGUCUAAAAAUCUGUUGAUAAUAAAAAAUAUUUUUGGAUCGCUCAAGACGGUACAGCUAUUACUAACGUUAUUUAAGAGUGAAUGAGAACAAUUUUUUGGGAACCCUGUCAUUGGUUCCUAUUCAGUUGGUUAUUGGUAUUUGUGUAUUUAUAAGAAAUCCUCAAGAAAAAAAAUAUAUUUUCAAUUUUUCUCUUCAUGCCUGAGUAUUUGUAAACGACAGUUUUUUC